GUUCGAUGUGUUCAGAGGUGUCAUGGUGGUCACUUACUGAAUGCAGGGUGAAUCAAAGAAAAUAUGAAGUGUGGUCACAGAACGUGGUGACGAGCUAUUUUUUUGGUGUGAUAGAGCUGGCUCUGCAGAACCGAUCUAUAAGAUGAAGCUCGUGAAUCUUAAACAGGCUAUUCUACAAGCCUGGAAGGAGAGAUGGAGUGACUACCAAUGGGCUAUCAAUAUGAAAAGGUUCUUCCCCAAAGGAGUUAUAUGGGAUAUAUUGAACUUGGCAGAAGCUCUUCUAGAUCAAGCUAUGAUUGGUCCUGCUCCAAACCCUCUUAUCCUGUCUUACCUCAAAUAUGCAAUAAACUCUCAAAUGGUGUCCUAUUCCUCAGUCUUGAUGGCAAUCAGCAAGUUUGAUGAUUUCUCCCGAGAUCUUUGUGUGCAAUCCUUGCUAGAAAUCAUGGACAUGUUUUGUGACAAUCUCAGCUGUCAUGGUAAAGAGGAAGAGUGCAUUGGAUUGUGCCGGGCCCUAAUGAGUUCAGUAAACUGGCUGCUGCGUGCGUCUACAUGCUACGCUGAUAAGCUGAAAGACAUCAUAGAUCCAGAGGCUGGAGAGAGCCACCUGUCUAUGUGCCUGCAACGACUGGAGACUAUUCUGAGCAGCACUAAAAACCGAGCACUGAUCCAUAUUGCCAAGCUAGAGGAGCCAAACUCCUGGGCAUCUGUGGAACAGUCUUUACACAGACUGGUAGAGAGUAUCAGCCUCCUACCUAGUGUAAAACUCAGGAGCCAAGCAGAGGAGUGUGUCUCUCUAAUCCGAAGCAUUCCUUCAAUGCUGUAUUCUUACUCCGACCAACUACACAGGACUGGAUUUCCUACCGUUCAUGCAGUUGUCAUGCUUGAAGGCACCAUGAAUCUGACCGGAGAGUCACAACCAUUGGUGGAACAACUGAGCACAGUGAAGAGGAUGCAGCGGAUUCCAUCACACCUUUUUCUCCUCGAGGUCUGGAAGGCAUGUAUUGUGGGUUUAAUAGAAUCCCCUGAAGGUACAGAAGAAUUGAAAUGGACAGCAUUUACUUUUCUUAAGAUCCCACAGGUAUUGGCAAAACUUAAGAAGAUCUCUCCUGGAGAGAAGGAUUUUAGUGAAGAAAUGAACUGUGCAUUUGAAUAUCUGCUGAAACUGACGCCACUGCUUGACAAAGCUGAUCAGAGAUGCAACUGUGACUGUGUGGGGCUGUUACUACAGGAAUGCAACAAGCUAGGAUUGUUGACAGAUCAUCACUUGGAAAACCUUACAGCUAAAAGGACAUCAGACAGGGAGCAAUCACCACAUUUGAAGUCAUCUGAAAAUUCAACCAUCCAACCCAAUCCUGGGCUUAUUCUCCGUGCAGAACCUACUGUCACAAAUAUCUUAAAGACAAUGGAUGCAGACCAUUCUAAGUCCCCAGAAGGGCUCCUUGGUGUUCUGGGCCACAUGUUGUCUGGAAAAAGCCUCGACCUCCUCUUGGCUGCCGCAGCUGCAACUGGCAAGCUGAAAUCCUUUGCCCGCAAGUUUAUCCAGCUGAAUGAGUUUACCAGGCAUAUUGGUGCAGAAAGUUCAAAGGCUGCCUCUGUCCGUGCCCUGCUUUUUGAUAUAUCCUUCCUGAUGCUCUGCCAUGUGGCACAAACCUACGGCUCAGAGAUGAUCCUGUCAGAUGGAGGAGCAUGUUCUGAGACUCUUUUCUUUGAGAGCUGGAUGCAGACAUGUAUGCCAGGAGAGGGCAAAGUCCUGAAUCCAGAGCAUCCCUGCUUCAGACAUCCUGACCUCCCCAAAGUGGAAGCCCUGGUUGCUCUGCUUAACACCUCCACAGAAAUUAAACUAGUUCAAACAAAAUGGCAUGAAGUCUGCCUGAGUAUACCAGCUGCAAUCCUAGAGGUUCACAAUGCCUGGGAAAAUGGAGUCUUGUCCUUUGAAGACAUUCAGAAAAUUACAGACAACAUUAAAGGGAAGGUGUGCAGUUUGGCAGUGUGCGCGGUGGCAUGGCUUGUGGCUCAUGUCAGGAUGCUGGGACUGGAUGAGAGGGACAAGUCUCUGCAAAUGAUCAGACAGUUGGGUUCCCCGAUGUUUGGGGAUAACACGCUGCAAUUUUAUAGUGAACGUGUUAUCAUCAUGAGCUCUAUCCUUGAGAACAUGUGCUCAGAGGUCCUCCAGCAGACUGCUACACAGAUAAAGUUUACAGCUACAGGCAGUGAACCAGUGCCUUACAUGAACCUACUGCCCCCUAAAAAGCCAAUCAAGGAAGUUCUUCGAGGGACAUUCAGUGCCACACUAGAAAAAGGCUGGGUGGAUAGCCGUUCCCUUCAUACAUUUGACAUGUUGCUUCAUAUGGGAGGAGUCUACUGGUUUUGCAAUAAUCUGGUAAAGGAACUGCUACGAGAAACACGGAUGGAGUUUGCUCUGCGGGCGGUAGAACUGCUUUAUGCCAUCUUCUGCCUAGAUAUGCAACAACUCACGCUCACAUUGCUCGGACACGUGUUGCCUGCUCUGCUUACUGAUUCUGCUAAGUGGCACGUGCUUAUGGAUCCCCCUGGGAGAGCAUUGGCAAAGCUGUCUGUCUGGUGUGCAAUGACUUCUUACUCUACCCACAACAAAGGGCAACCAUCUCCUCGACAAAGGAAAAGGCACAGAGAAGACAUUGAGGAUUACAGCAGCCUUUUUCCCCUGGAUGACACUCAACAGUCUAAACUCAUGCGGCUUCUCAGUUCCAAUGAGGAGGAUCACGUCAUCCAAGCAAAUCCCACAGAUCGUCCCAUGAACAACUCUCUCUCCGCCUCUCAGAUUCAUAAUAUCAGUGCAAAGGAACCACUGAACCGAGUGCUUGCCAACCUGUUUCUGCUGAUCUCAUCCAUCCUUAGUGCCAGGACUGCUGGUGCCCAUACGCAGUUUGUGCAGUGGUUUAUGGAGGAAUGUGUAGAGAGCCUGGAACAUGGAGUAAAGGGGGGCAUUCUGCAGUUUAUGCCCUUUAGUAUGGUGUCCGAGCUGGUAAAAGUGUCCACUCUAUCCAGCCCCAAAAUUGUACUUGCCAUCACAGACCUGACCCUGCCUUUGGGACGAAGAGUGGCUGCCAAGGCCUUAACUGCCCUUUGACCCCUGCAUAUCCGCCACACAUAAACAAAGAACCAAUACAUAAAUAUCAUCUUGUGACAGACAGCAUCAUCCAACUCCCCAUUCUUACCUUAAUAUUUUGUUUUUCCAUUUAACACUUUAAACCUGUUGUGGAACAGACAUCUUAGACAUUUUAAAUCUGUUGAUCAAUCUGUCACAGAAAGUUGCCAGCAAAGUGUAUAUAGACAACAGCAAGUUCUAACUGCUAUUAUCUUUGGUAGAUUUUUGUAACAUGUUAAGAAAAAUGUAAAGAAAUAAAAUGUCCCUUUUUUUACUUUC